GAUAAUGUUCAAUGAACAAAUCAAGGGAUAAUUGAAUUCAUAAUUGUAGCAAUGCUCAGCAUACAUUUGUGUUAUCCAUUCAAUCGAAUACUAUAUGAAAGAAACAUUGAUUACACUUUAUACUAUACUAUUUUAACACGUAUUUUUCAAGGUUUUAUCAUUCUGUUUAUUUUCUUCAAUAUUAUAUACUUUAUAAUAAUUUUUAUAAAUGGUAUAUAUUAUAUGAUAUGUAAUGAUAAAGUUAUUGUAUAUACCGAGAAGCAUAACAGUGUAUACCCUGUUGAUAAUAGUAUGAAUCAUACUGGAUAUUAUGAAUACUUACUUACACCGAAUACAACAUAUAUUCAUACAAUCCUUUCACCAAAAAACCAAUGUAAUUCAUUAUCAUAUAAUAAUGAAACAAAUAUUCUACUAUUUAUUAAAUCAACAAUUGAUCAGUUUGAAUUACGCCAAUCAUUACGUAAUACAUGGGCUAAUUAUAAAUGUUAUAUAAAAUAUGGUAUUAGAGCAUAUAUUUACUUUACUCUUGGUAGACAGAAUAUAUCAGCAUGGAAUACAUCAUCAUUAAUACAAUCUAGAAUAUUUUAUGAACAUAAAAUAUAUCAAGAUAUUCUACAAUUUGAUUUUAUUGAAAGUUAUUAUAAUGUAACACGAAAAUUGAUUGGAACCAUUGAAUACGCUACUUUACAUUGUUUUAAUGCAAAGUUUAUUUUAUUAAUUGAUCAAGAUUUUAUUGUUAAUCCAAUGAAUUUAGCAAAAUAUCUUUCAAAUAUUAAUACUAUUGAAUAUACUAGAUAUGUUGGAGGUUAUAUAAUUCAACAUGCUGUACCAUUUCGAAAUGAAAAUAGUAAAUGGUUUAUUUCGAAUAGAAAUUUCCCAUUCAGUUGGUAG